AUGUUUGAAAGUGAAGAAACAAAGCACCUUGUUAGUGGCGGAUCGUGGAACAACAGACACCCCAGCUUCUUCAAGGAGACAAGAAGCUUGUUUCGUAGAUCGUUUUUGAAUAAAAUUAGAGACAAAGGAGUUAUUGCUUCCGAAAUUAUUGCAACAGUUAUUAUAUCGAUUCUUGCCGUAUUUUGGAAUUUUGCUAAUAACCCUCAUGAGGCUGUUACGGAAACGAAAUUCUUAAAUGCUUCCGAAUUAUUUGGAAAUAUCGUUUUAAUAUACAACCAAAUGUAUACAAUGGGUAAAGGUGGUAACUAUGUUGCUGGUCCUUCCAAUUCAAAGACAUUAAGGUCAUUAAUAUCAAAAACUUGGGGAGCAACAAAAUUGCCAGUCCUAGACUACGAAAAAUAUGAAAAAACUAAAAGUAUUAUACUAAGCCUCAAACGUCUUGUUAAUGUAAGCAGAGAAUUCGUAUACGUUAGAGAAUAUAAACGAAUUAUUGAGAGAAUUAACGAAAAUGAAGCAUUCUCUGUUGGCAUCUGGUGGGAUAAUGCCGACGAUGAGACGUAUUGGUCCAAUUUAACCGCUCAUAUUUUUGAAUCACAGACAAACUUCUUUACUUACCAUAUUAACGUCGAUUUCAUGGCCCUUCUCGCAUACGAAACUGUUGGAGAAAAGCUAAAAACUACAAAUGCAAAGCUAAACGACGUUUUGACAGAUUAUAUCAAUAAUAUGGAUGUAAAUCAAUCGGAAAAGGACUAUUUACAAGAGCACAUGAAGUUCUGGCCAUAUCAGAACAGUUCAGAAGGCUUCAAACUCCCUAAUAUCAUGACAUCAAAAAUGCAUCGACCAAAAGUAACGAAUCAGCUUCAAAUCGAUGUUGUUGUUGCCUUGUUUUCAGCUAUACCUAUUGUUAUUGCAUCAUUACCUGAUUUAUCAUUAGUUUUGAACGACAAAGAAUCUCAUAUGAUGACUUUUCUUUACAUAAUGGGUGCAACAGAGACAUCGUAUUGGUUAGUUAACAAUAUCUCAACAUUUUGUAUGUGUUUUGUUCCUUAUCUUGUUAUAGAUAUAUUGUUUAGUACAUGGUUAUGUAUGGCAGGCACUGAUUUUAGUUUAUUAUUUGUUUUAUCGAUGUUAUUUAUUUUGUCUUAUAUACAAUUCCAGAAUUUCUUUUCUACUUUCUUUAACAAAGCAUCAGGUGCUAGAAUAUUAACUGUUAUUUUCUUGAUUUCUUGUAUUUUCUUUAGUUACAUGAAUUCUGUUUAUACUUUAACAGGACCAAAAGUAACGAAACAUUUGUUUUCUUUGAUUCCUUUUGUUUCAUAUCAAUUAAGUAUUGCUGUUAUGUAUGAAGAAGUUAGAUUGAAUAGACCUCCAAUAGGAUGGAAAGAUAUCAAAGAAGAAAAAUAUAGAUAUCCUAUUUAUUAUUCUUUUAUUUGGUUACCUAUUGAUUUUGUUUUAUGGGGUUUGUUGUUUUUGUUCUUUAAUGCUGUGAAUGAUAGAGAGUUUGGUAAUCAACCUUUGAAACUCAAGAAUUUGUUUAAGAAGAAACAAACUAAUUUACAUGAUUUGGAGGGUGAUAAAAUAAUUGUCGCUGAAGAUGUAAUGAAAAGAUAUCCGAAAUCUGACAAAAACGCAAUUGAUGUUGUUUCUUUUGGUGUUUCUAGAGGAGAAAUCAUUGUAAUGAUCGGUCCAAAUGGUGCCGGAAAAUCAUCUAUUUUAAAUGUUUUGAGUGGUUCUAUUCCUUUGACAAAUGGAAAGAUAUAUUUAGAAGAUUCUUCUUAUGGAAAAACAAACAAAAAUUUGGGAAUUGUUUUCCAAGAUAACGUGAUUUAUAAACAUUUGUCAAUAAGAGAACACUUAGAAAUAUUUGGAAGAAUAAGAGGUUUAGAUGAACAAGUUCUUCAAGAAAGUAUUGAUUUCUUUUGUGAUAAUUUGCAGUUGAAAGAAAUGCUUCCAAAUAGAGCUGGUGAUUUAUCUGGAGGACAAAAAAGAAAAUUGUGUAUCGCUAUGUCUUUGUUAGGAAAUCCACCAAUUAUAAUGAUGGAUGAACCAACAGCUGGUGUUGAUGUGCAGGCAAGACAAUUGAUAUGGAAAUCAAUAUCAAAUCUUAAGAAUUCUACUUGUAUAAUUACAACGCACGCAUUGGAAGAAGCUGAAGCUGUUUCUUCAAGAAUUUUCGUUGUUUCAAAAGGAAAAAUUCCGUUCAUUGGAACUUCAACGGAACUAAGAAGCAAGUUUAAGUGUGGAUACAAUAUUAGCUUCGUUUGUGAGAAGUCAAGAAUGGAUGAUAUAUUUGAAGAAAUAAAGAAAUUUGCUCCUGACGCAGUAAUGAAUGAAGAAAAAGAAAAUUCUGUGAUGGUUCCUGUCACAAGCAAGAUAUCGGAUCUACUUAUUUACCUUGAUGACAAUGAUGAAAAACUUGGAAUAGAAAGAUACACAUUCACAAUUGAACAGUUAGAAGAUACUUUGCUAAGAAUUAUUGAAUCAAAUUAA